CAUCGCUUCGUCACUACAUCCCGUUGUUCUAGAAAUUAAACAAUAAUUUAAAAAUCAAGAGAGAAACAUGUUGCUCACCCAUCUGGAAUUUCACUCCCAACAUACUUAUUUCAAAACAUUUUUUUCAUGUGCAUUUUGGAAGCUCAACACCAACAGGGUAUACACACCGGGGUAUGAGGUCCCUGGGAUGGAUUGGACAGAGAGGGAGGGUCUGGUUGGAUUCUGGCACGGGGCAUCCCUGCAUGGAUUCUUCUGAGAGGAGGAGGGAAGAAAGGACAGACUCAUUGGUAUGGAUUGGGCAGAGUUAGGAAGGGUAGGGUUAGACUGGGGUACUGGAUCCCUGAGAUGGAUUGGGCAAUGCGAGGAAGGACCGGGUUAGACUGGGGGUACUGGGUCCCUCAGAAUGGAUUGGGCAGAGGAAGGAGGGGGGGGGGGGAGGUAGGUAGGGCCAAGUAAUAACUUGACGUGUUGGGGUGCGCGAUCUGUUGCUCCUGCAGGCAGGCUUGGCCCAGGCAGUCAGCGCCGCGCAGUCACUUAGGACGGACGCGCGUACCACCUGUCUCUUCGCUCUCGGCUCAACAACUCCCCUCACAACCAGUUUCCCCCUUCACCUCACUGGCGGUCCUCGUGUGUGUAGUUCGGCCAGCGUCUGCGUCAACUAGUACUGUAGUGACGUGGAUCAGCCAUCACCAUGAAGAAGCCCCAGACACUCUCACACUCGUGGACUACUCCAGACAGAGCAAAAGAGGGAUGUUUCGUGGCAAGAUGAUUCGCAUGCGGUGAUGCCGGGAGGUUUCUACUGCUCUCUCGUUUACACACGUUCGCGGUCGCUCACUCCAUCAGGAUGGUGAUCAAAUGUAAAGUUUGUACGAACCUGGUCCUGGGACUGAUGAACGCUUGGUUGCAUUUUAUUGCAGGAUAAAUUUCGUUAAGAAAAAGUGUGUUAUUGUUCUUUUAUGAUAUGGCCAGUGAAAUAUACUUAAUUUUACUUCCUUUUAAAUAAUUAAAAGAAUGUAAUUUCACGAAUGAUAAUACCUAUUGUUAUACAAGUUACGUAUGAUUUGUUUUUGUUUGAAAGCGUAACACAGCCUCUACUGAGAUAAAUUGGUGCUUAAAUGUCAAAUUUCAUUAACAAAAUUUUUCACUCACUCGAUCAUCUAAAUAAUACAGGAAUCGACAAUAGAUACAAAUAGAUAUAACAAACUUUCAGCAACAGAAGAUGACGGGGAGUGCAUUGCUUGUACCUGAGACGAUUAAUAGAUUCUGUGUGCAUGGCAGCCUCAAGAUUCCUUACAACUAUCAGUUAAAAACAUAAUUGUGUCGUCUGGAGAAAAGAUCUAUGUGUUUGUGUGUGCCUUGGGGUGAGAAGUAGUGGUGGUGGGAAACUAAUUGUGGUACAAAACGCUAUUGUUCGAGCGAGAAAUAUCUACUUGAGCAGUAUGUGACGGGUGAUCAGGAUAAGUUGUUUUGGUUGUAAACUGUGCGACUGAUGAAGUGUUUGAAAAGCAGAAGGCGUGACCUUAAAACAUUUAAGAGCAAAAUGUUGUUUUGGUAUUAUCUAUGAUAAUUAGAAACUAAUGAGUAUACAAAGUAUUUUCCAAUUAUAUUUGAUCAAAUUUUGGGUUUACUGAACUGAAAAAAAAAAUAUAUAGAACAAGAUUUUGCACGGAAGAAAACGAGCGUGGAGAACUGCAUAACCUUUGUUGAUAAAUUUAUUAAAGCGUCAUUUGCAAGAACAAAUAUGUAGAGCUCUUCAGCACAUUGGUCCAAGGGGGUGACUAAACUUUCCAAGACCCACUUUGGACCCUUCAAGCUUUACUCCACACCACCCUUGACCCUCCCGUCCCUCCCUUCCCUACCCCCUUGUUUAUUACCCCAUCUUGUCCACCCUCCGCUUUGUUCUUUGUCUUCUUGCCCACAUCAGUCUUUAAGAAGCCUGAGUUUUCUUAACCCAAUGUCUGCUACCUGAGAAUAGAAGUCCUGGACUCAUCAUGGAUGGCUUGACCGUCAACCUAACAGCUGAGGUAGAAGAUUCUGCCGGUUUCCUGGAGUAUGUAGAAGCUUACGACCAAGACUUGGAGGGCUUUGAGAGUAAUGGCUCCCUGGCGCUUAUUAACGACACCUUCAAUGGGACCUAUUGGGUAUAUCCUUGGGGUAGCUCCAUGUACCCCUCGGGCUACAGCACUCUCGAAAUCGUCAUCAUCACUGUCAUCAUUACUGUGGCUAUGAUCGUGGUGGUGGUGGGUAAUAUGCUAGUGAUCAUCGCCAUCGCCACAGAGAAAGCACUUAAAAACAUCACCAACUGGUUCAUUGCCUCCCUGGCAGUGUCGGAUUUUCUGUUAGGGCUGGUCAUCAUGCCUUUCAGUCUCGCUAACUUGCUCAUGGGCUACUGGAUGUUUGGCGACCUUUGGUGUGAACUCCACGCCGCCAUAGACGUUCUAUUAUCCACAGCUUCCAUAAACAACAUCUGCCUCAUCUCACUAGACCGCUACUGGAGCAUCACCCACGCAGUGGCCUACCUGAAGAAGAGAACACCGGAGCGAGCGGCCAUUAUGAUUGUGGCCGUGUGGCUCUUCUCUGGCCUCGUCUCCAUUCCGCCUUUGCUAGGCUGGAAAGAAGUACGCGCCCCUGAGGAAUUCCCCAAAUGCACGCAAGAUAACAGGAAGUAUCGAUCUCACAUCCACCUCCAUGACCUUGGAUCAGAAACAAUGAGGCGCUGCCGGAAGAGCGAGCAUCACCGGGAGAUGACAGCAUCAGAGGCACAGCUGAGUCUCUUUGAAGCUGGGCAGCUAAUCAAACCACAGCUGAGGAAUGCCAUUAAGAAUUUUGAAUAUAUUAACUCAAGUUUACAUCCGUAA